UCGUGAGCGCAUUGUUGCUGGUUUGAGAGAUCAGACUCUCCAGCAACGAUUGCUAAAUGAGCAAAAUUUGACGCUUGAAUCGGCUGAAAAACUAAUAGCUACGUGGGAGAUGGCAGGGGCAAAUGCUAAAUCGUUGGGAAUCGGUACCAAUUCUGAUCAAAUUGCUUUUAUGAAUCAUGAUAUUAGAAGACCUCGUGGCCUUGCUUUAGAAAAGUUAGCAGCAACCUUUGCUAAGGCUAGGGCAAAUACAAAUGAAUCUCGACAAGCAGGUUUUAGGUACUCAGUAAAAAAUCGUUUGGGAUUCAAACCAUACAAUAGAGAGAAGGAUGGCAGAUUUAAAAAUUUUACAGAUUUUCGUCCAGCUGAGUGGAGGGAUGAACAGGAUGUACGCCGUGUCGAGAGCCGUGUCUGCGAUUUUUGUGGAAUAAAAGGGCAUUUGAAGCGAAAAUGCUUCAAAUUAAAAAACCUUCGUAGGAAUGCGGUCCAGUUUGUGGACUCGGGAGCAGGACCAAGCAGUUUAAGCGAUUUAUUCAACCGUUUGGAGACAAAUGCUUCGGACGACGAGGACGAUAAGAAUGAUUCAGAUUCUUGUUGGAAGCGUCGUGGUGCUGGCCCAUCGAACGCAACUGCGAGUGGUCAAGAGGGACGUUAAACCGAUACGACCGAAUGUGGUAAUUACCGCAACGGCGCGAGAUACAACGAUGAUACCAGCACAAAACGACAUCGAAUCCGAAUUCAGGGGUUUCUCUGAAGAGGAAAUAAGAAGAGGAGUCAAAAGAGGAAUUCAAGAGGUGAAUUCACCACAUGUUCAACUUCGACGAUCGAAACGAGCUAAAACAAAAAGGAUGGACAGAAACUUCAUCUAUUCUGAGCAGCAGCAUGAGAAGAAAAAAAAAUUAUUGCAUAAGUGAAAAAUAUUUAAUCUUAAGCCUAAAACUUUAAUGCAUUAAGAAGA